AUGGCGCACGAAUCGGAAAACGGCAGUGAGGAAAAGAUGGCGGAGGGAAGUAAUGAUGCAGAGCUGCUGAAGGAGAAGGCGAAUAAGUAUUUUAAAGAUAAAGACUAUGAGAAUGCAAUCAAGUACUACUCGGAGGCCUUGGAGGCCAACCCUACCAAUGCCGUCUACUACAGCAACCGAAGCCUGGCGUACCUGCGCACAGAGUGCUACGGCUACGCCCUGGCUGAUGCCACGAGGGCCUUGGAGAUAGACAAGAACUACAUCAAGGGGUACUACCGCCGCGCCACCUCCAACAUGGCCCUGGGCAAGUUCAAGGCAGCGCUUAAGGAUUACGAGACGGUAGUGAGGGUUCGACCAAAUGACAAGGAUGCGAGGAUGAAGUAUCAGGAAUGUAACAAGAUUGUGAAACGGAAGGCGUUCGAGAGAGCCAUCGCCAGCGAUGAGAUCAAGAAAUCUGUUGUGGACUCCCUGGACAUCGAAAGCAUGACGAUUGAGGAUGACUACGACGGCCCCCAGCUGGAGGACGGGAAUGUGACGCUGAAGUUCAUGAGGGAGAUGAUGGAUUGGUUCAAAGACCAGAAGAAGCUGCACAGAAAGUGUGCUUAUCAGAUUUUGGUGCAAGUUAAAGACCUUCUAUCGAAACUACCGAGUCUUAUUGAGAUCACAUUAAAAGAGACAGAAAAAUUAACAAUUUGUGGUGACACACAUGGACAGUACUACGAUCUCCUCAACAUCUUCCAGUUGAACGGCUUACCAUCAGAGACCAACCCCUAUCUGUUCAAUGGCGACUUCGUCGAUCGCGGCUCUUUCUCUCUUGAGGUCAUUCUUACCCUCUUUGGCUUCAAGCUGCUCUUCCCCGACAACUUCUUCUUGCUCAGAGGUAACCAUGAGACAGACAACAUGAACCAGAUGUAUGGAUUUGAAGGGGAGGUGAAAGCCAAGUACACAGCCCAGAUGUUCCAGCUGUUCAGCGAGGUCUUCCAGUGGCUGCCUCUUGCACAGUGUAUGAACAGCAAAGUACUGGUUAUGCACGGUGGACUCUUCAGUGAAGACGGUGUCACAUUGGAUGACCUCAGGAAGAUUGAGAGGAACAGACAGCCUCCAGACUCAGGUCCCAUGUGUGACCUCCUCUGGUCGGAUCCACAGCCUCAGAACGGGCGGUCAGUCAGCAAGCGAGGAGUGAGUUGUCAGUUCGGGCCAGAUGUGACGGAGCGCUUCCUGGAGCAGAACAAGCUGGACUUCGUUGUGCGUAGUCACGAGGUCAAAGCUGAGGGCUACGAGGUCACUCACUCAGGGAAGUGCAUCACCGUGUUCUCAGCACCCAACUACUGUGAUCAGAUGGGAAACAAAGGAGCUUAUAUCCACCUCAGGGGAUCAGACCUUAAGCCAGAAUUUCACCAGUUCACUGCCGUGCCUCAUCCGAAUGUCAAGCCCAUGGCGUAUGCCAACACGCUAAUGCAGAUGGGGAUGAUGUAGAGGCCGCGCCAAACCGUCUGUGACACCGACGACCCUCCCGUCUGACCUGAACCAUCCCAGCCACCUCACUCCCUACAGUGCUCGGACAUGCUCAUGCUUAGCCUAAGGGAUCCCUCUCCCCGACCAAACUUCCACUAGUUGUGUACAGGAAACACGUGGUGUAGUUCAGAUGGGAAGAGAUCACUUCCACCCAGUCCAGAACUGGGUACGUUCUUUCAUGUUAUCGGUUAAAACUGGAAAAAAAAAAAAGAGAAAAAAAACUCCAUUCCCGUUGUCCAUUGUGUUCACAUUGUGAUCAUGUGUUCCAUCACCGGGUAAAGACACCAACCCUUCAGAUGAGUCUCCUUGGAGCUGCUUGGUUUUUAGAAUAUUUGAUGUACUCAGCAGAUGGGAUCAAAUAGCUGGUAUGUACCAAAGAUCAGUAAUGAAAAUGAUUGUUCGGUUUUUGCAAGGAGCGUCUUGUGACUCUGAAAGCUAGUAUUGUACUGUUGGCCCGUGUACACAGCUUGGAGCGUUGUAAACUGGGUGAAGAGCAGCAUGUCUAUCAGUGUUUCUCAAACUCUCCUACAGUAUGUCCGUUUAUUUUGUUUUGUUUUACAGGAAUACAAAAAAACCUAUGAUCCCAGCCCCGGAAAAAAAUCUACAGAUUGUGUCGGGGGGGGGGCACUCAUAAAGGUGCUGUUUGCCAUUAGUGGUGUAUGUAGUUGGUUGUCAUGUAGCUGGUAACAUUUAAUUUGCACUGCUUCCUGUUGAGGAAGAUACCGCUGCUCUCCAUGUUUUUCAUCCUCGACCGUCACCCGGCAGCUCCCGCACAGUCUACUCUCCGAACUAGCUUUGGCGUUAGGCAAACACCGAUGGCACUCGAGUCUCCCUGACACACACGUUCAAUUACGUGGACUCCUUCCGUACACAAACGUCCAAACUGCAAUUCUGUCUCGAAGCGCACAGCUGCAUUGUCCAAUGGCCCUCAACUUUUUAGAUAAUGAAAUACACUGACGUGUAUGUAUAUAUACUGUAUCAUUUAAAGAUUCCGUGUAAUGUUUGGGGAAAAAAUAUUGAAUAAAAAAACCUAGUCCGGUGAUUUUAGAAACAA